CGCACGUUGGCCGCGGAGCAACAUCUCCCCGAAACAAACAAAAAACAAAAAAACACAACUUAAACAACAGCAACAGCAACAGCAACAACAACAACACAGCGGCAGCAGCCGUCGCUCAGACGCGGAACUUGGCUCGAACUUUAGUUUAGUUUCGUUGGCCAAUGGAUAGUGGCUAGAGUGCGGCGGUAUCGGGCGAAUCGGUUGAAUCGGUUGAAUCGGUUGCAUCGGUUGAGUCGGCUAAGCUAUUGUCACCUAACGGUCAAGCACGCGCCAACCUUUUUUUUAAGUUUCUCAAAGAGUUAGUGGUAUUGAAAAGAAAAAAAACAAAUAAACAACAGCCUACAUAAUUUAUAUGUAUAUGUAAAGUAUAGGCUAGAAUCGAAAGCCAAGAGUGGUAUGUGCCCUAAGUUUUGACCCAAGACCAAGACCCCAGAUCUCAAAGUAAAGGCCCCUGACACCCACACACACCAAACACAAAUCACACACUCACACCCGUCCACCCACCCACACACAUACACACACACGCACACUGUCUCAUUUCGCAUCUCAAUCUCAUUUUCCGAGGAUCAGAAAAGGAGCAACAUCAAUCCGACUCGUUAUGUUUGCAUAUUUUUUUGGAGUGACCUAACUUGUUUGGCAAUGGACGCAGACUUCUUCUUCUAAUCCCUGAAAUACCCUUGAAAGAUUUGGAAGAAGAAGUCCAUAAACACGAAUGGUUGUUGUGAUCGAAAGUGUUCUGUUUUUUUUGUUUGUUUGAAAUGUGUUUGACUCAAAUCGGUGUUUGCCCAGCCAAAAUGGCCCAGCAUCGAUCGCUUGUCCGACUGUAUCUGCCCACCUAGAGGAGAUCGCCGUUGCCCAAAUGAAUGCCCAGCAGCCGCUGAUCCUGGAGCAGCCACCCAAGGCCAGCAGUGUUGUUGUCGUUGCCCCAGCAGUUGUGGCAGCUGCGGAUCUAGAGGCGGCAGCGCGAGCGGAAGCGGCAACGGAGCCAUCGGCCACCCCGGAAUCCAACUCGAACUCGAACUCCAGCGCCCAGCUGAAUGGUGGCUCCCACGAAGAGCAGCGGGUCAGUAAUGGCAACCACGGCUGCCGGCGGAUCGGCCAGGCGGAGCUGGAUCAGCCCGACCGGGAGGACGAGGGCGAGCAGGUCCAGGAUGUGGUGGCCAACAAGCUGACCAUCAUCAAGACGCCGCUAAACAAGACGCUGCUCAAGAAGUGCAACACCAAUGGCAGCCUGCAACUGCCGCACAGUGGCAACAAUGGCAACAGCAACAACAAUAGCAGUCGGAACAGCAACAACAACAACAGUGCGGCCAGCGACGACGUCGACGGCGCCUGCGAUUCCGGUUUGCAAGGCGGAAAUAGCAAUGAACAAGAACCAUUUGCCAACAACGAUCGCCAUCAUCACAUUUACCACCACCACCACCAUCACUAUCAUCAUCACCAUGGCGGCGACAAGGGCGAUGUUGCCGGUGGCGAUGUGGCAUCCUCAUCCUCCGCGGACCUGAGCACGCAGGUCAAGGAGGAGGCCCGGGCGCUGGACAAUGACAAUCAUCUGAAGGCAGGAACAGGGGCAGGAGGAGCUGCAGGAGCAGCCACACCUGCCCCAGAGGCAGGCGGAGCAGGAGCAGCAGCUGCCACAACGGGCACUUGCAAUCCCAGCAAGUGCAACAAGUGCAAUUCGCACAACAACAACAGCAGCUGCAACAACAACAACAAUACCAUCAGCAACAACAACAACAACAACAGCAACAAUACGAUUAACAAUAAUACGAGCAACAAUACCAACAACAACAACAAUAACCAUUACAACAAUUACAAUAACUAUUAUAAGAAAAAGUCUCGAAUGCCGCCCAUUUGCCUCCACGAAAGAGAAAAAAAACGAAAAAGCGCACUAAACUGGAGCAACCCACAAUUGGCCAAGAAAACAAGACUUUGUAUUCGAAAAAGACAGACCAGAACCGAACCCACCCCCCAGAGCACCCAGCCAACCCAGCCAACCCUACCAAAAACCCAAAAACCCAAAAACCACCCACUGGAAUGCAUUCUGCCGCUGCCACUGCAACUCUGCGCUGCAGCCCAAAAGGCAGUCUAGAUGCUUCCCGAACGAGUCACAAUAAUACCAAAAAUCCAAAAACAUACAAAAUCCAAAUCAAAUGAGAAAACAAAAAGAAACCCAAAACCAAACAAA